AUGGUCGCCGUUAAAACUUUUGAAUUGAGAACUAAAUCCAAAGAACAAUUGGAAGAACAAUUGAUUGAAUUAAAGAAAGAAUUGGCUAACUUGAAGGUUCAAAAAUUACAAAGACCAAGUUUACCAAGAAUCCACAUUGUUAGAAAAAACAUUGCUAGAGUCUUGACUGUUAUCAACUUGAACCAAAGAGAGAAUGUUAAAGCUUUUUACAAGGGUAAGAAAUACCAACCAAAAGAUUUAAGGGCUAAAAAGACUAGAGCUAUCAGAAGACAAUUGACCAAAUUUGAAAAAUCACAAGAGACUGAAAAGGCCAAAAAACAAAGAAUUACCUUCCCACAAAGAAAGUAUGCUAUCAAGGCUUAA